UUUGUGUUUUCAGAUUGCCGAGGGAAUGGCGUACAUAGAACGGAAGAACUACAUUCAUCGGGACCUGCGAGCUGCGAAUGUUCUGGUCUCUGAGUCACUCAUAUGCAAAAUUGCAGAUUUUGGCCUUGCUAGAGUAAUUGAGGAUAAUGAAUACACAGCAAGGGAAGGUGCUAAGUUUCCCAUUAAGUGGACAGCUCCGGAAGCAAUCAACUUCGGAUGCUUCACUAUUAAGUCUGAUGUAUGGUCUUUUGGAAUUCUCCUGUAUGAAAUUGUCACCUAUGGGAAAAUUCCCUACCCAGGGAGAACGAAUGCGGACGUGAUGACCGCCCUGUCCCAGGGCUACCGCAUGCCCCGCGUGGAGAACUGCCCGGACGAGCUCUAUGACAUCAUGAAGAUGUGCUGGAAAGAAAAGGCGGAAGAGAGGCCAACCUUCGAUUACUUACAGAGCGUGCUGGAUGACUUUUACACGGCCACGGAAGGGCAGUACCAGCAGCAGCCGUAGAGCGCAGGGAGACUCGGCCAUUCAGCAGGGAUGGCGCCUCAUUUAAAGAGAGAAAGUCGCAGCCACUGGUUGCACUAGUUAUUUCAUGCUCUGGGAUCAUCUGCCAUGCCUGGUUCCUGAAAGCGGAGGCUACAUUACUCAGGAAGAACACUCUAUGCUUGGGAAACUGUUCUGUUCUCUUAGACUGAAGCCCAUGGGGUUGCUGCUUGGGCUGCCCACAGCUGAUAAUUUUGCUUUGCUUGACCAACAUCUGAGUACAGCCUCCUGAGAAGCAAACACCUGUUCUCUCCAAAAAUGCAUCCAUGCUAGCCUUGUGUUCACAACUGGACGUGUGACUCAACGGUUCAGAGGCCAUUGCAGUGAAUCCCCAGUAAUAGCAGAACUAAACUCAUUUACUGAGCUAAAAUAACCAGAUGCAUAGUGUGACACUUCCUUGUAUUUUUUCUGUGCUUUGGCUUACUCAUUAGAAAAAAAAUUACUAAUCCAA